AUGGAUCACAAUCAAGGCUACUCACGAGGGUACCAGCUCGAGGAUAUCCCCCCGACAACAGAUUACGACGCUACGCCAGUAAACGAACAUGACAACGUCCGACGGUACUCUUUGAGCGACAAUGGCCCGGCUUACAACGACCAAACAGAUCCACCACCCAUGUCACCAACCUCAGCAUCAUACUAUUCCCAGGACCAACCACCACCAGUAUCGGGAGUAUACCACAUGCCCCCCUCGUCGAGUACAGCAAUUCACAACAGCGAAUUCGAAGGGUAUGGAGGUUUCGGCGACGGCUACGGUUACAGCCGCCCACACUCAUCAUCCCAGGAAAGCGAUACAGACGAUUCUUGGGCACGACGACAGCAAGAGCUUCCCUUGACAGCCGUCCAGAAACUCACAAAUGGCACAUCGCUUCGCCGGCGCGAGACGCGCAAGAUUAAGCUUGUCAAGGGGUCCGUCUUGAGCGUGGACUACCCAGUGCCCAGCGCCAUCCGAAACUCUGUCCACCCGUCCCACCUUGACCCGGAGAGCGGCACCAGCGAGGAGUUCAGGACAAUGCGCUACACGGCCGCGACCUGUGAUCCCAAUGACUUCACAUUGGUCAACGGGUACGAUCUCCGUCCGCGGAUGUGCAACCGCCACACGGAGCUCCUGAUCGCCAUCACGUACUACAACGAGGACAAGGUCCUACUCGCCCGGACGUUGCACGGCGUCAUGCAGAACAUCCGAGAUAUUUGUAACAUGCGCAAUACGAGCUUUUGGAAUAAAGGUGGACCGGCGUGGCAAAAGAUCGUCGUCUGUCUGGUAUUUGACGGUAUUGAAAAGGCCGACAAGAAUGUCCUCGAUGUGCUGGCGACGAUUGGUGUGUACCAAGACGGCGUCGUCAAGCGGGCCGUUGACGACAAGGAGACAGUGGCGCACAUCUUUGAAUAUACGACACAGCUAUCCGUCACACCCAACCAGCAGCUCAUCCGACCAGUCCUCGACGACAAGGACAAGGGCGCAAAGGACAAUUUCCCGCCUGUGCAGAUGAUCUUCUGCCUCAAGCAGAAGAACAGCAAGAAGAUCAAUUCACACCGCUGGCUGUUCAACGCCUUUGGUCGCAUCUUGAAUCCAGAGGUGACCAUCUUGAUUGAUGCCGGAACGAAGCCGAGCAGGGGAUCCCUACUGGCGCUAUGGGAAGCCUUCUACAAUGACAAGAGCCUAGGCGGCGCGUGCGGCGAGAUCCAUGCGAUGUUGGGUCGCGGGGGUCGCAAGUUGCUGAACCCUCUCGUGGCGGUGCAGAAUUUUGAGUAUAAAAUCUCAAAUGUGCUCGAUAAGCCCCUCGAAUCCUCGUUUGGGUACGUGACGGUCCUGCCCGGCGCGUUUUCUGCCUAUCGUUUCCGUGCCAUCAUGGGUAGACCGCUGGAGCAGUAUUUCCACGGCGACCAUACGCUUUCCAAGAUCCUCGGGAAGAAGGGUAUUGAUAACAUGAACAUCUUCAAGAAGAAUAUGUUCCUUGCCGAAGACCGUAUUCUCUGCUUUGAGUUGGUGGCUAAGGCAGGGCAAAAGUGGCAUCUUUCCUACGUCAAAGCUGCCAAGGGCGAGACAGACGUCCCCGAGGACGCCGCUGAUUUCAUCGGCCAAAGGCGAAGGUGGAUGAACGGGUCCUUUGCGGCGUCGCUGUACUCCUUGAUGCAUUUUGCGAGAAUCUAUCGCUCGGGGCACUCUCUCGUCCGGCUUCUCUUCCUGCAUAUUCAGAUGGCGUACAAUAUCGUGCAGCUCUUGCUGAGUUGGUUUUCACUGGCCUCAUACUACCUCACAACUGUCAUCAUCAUGGACCUCGUGGGUACGCCAUCCAUUGUCUCCGGUAAUCACGGCUGGCCAUUUGGAGACACAGCCUCGCAGAUCUUCAACAUCAUUGUGCGCUACGUCUACAUCAUCUUCCUCAUCGUCCAGUUCGUCCUGGCGCUCGGCAAUCGACCAAAAGGCGCUCGUUACACCUACGUCGCCUCGUUCAUGGUUUUCGGCUUCAUCCAAGCCUAUGUCCUGGUCCUCGCCUUCUACCUAGUCUACAAGGCCCUUAGGGAUCCGAUAGGUGAUUCUAUCAGCGUGUCCUCCGGCGCAGCAUUCUUCCAGAGCAUGUUUGGAGACACCGGUGUGGCGGGCGUCAUUCUCCUCGCACUAAUCACCAUCUAUGGCCUGAAUUACGUCGCCUCGUUCAUGUACCUCGACCCCUGGCACAUGUUUCACUCCUUCCCGCAAUACCUCGUCCUGGCCUCGACCUACAUCAACAUUCUGAUGGUGUAUGCCUUCAACAACUGGCACGACGUAUCGUGGGGAACAAAAGGCUCCGAUGACGCCGGCACUUUGCCAGCAGCGCACGUCACGAAAGGAAAAGGUGGUCAGGCCGUCGUGGAAGAGGUCAAGAAGGACCAGCAAGACAUUGACGACAUGUUCAAGGAGACAGUCUACCGCGCCCUUGCCCCGUUCGAGGAGGAAGCCGUAGUGGAAAAGAAGGACCCUGAAGAUUCGUACAAGUCUUUCCGUACCGGUUUGGUGGUCGCUUGGAUUCUUUCGAAUUUGGUCUUGAUUGUUUUCGUCACCAGCGACGACUUUGAGUUCCUUGGUGUUCAGGAAGCGUCAGUAAGCCGCACACCUCACUAUUUCCGGGCGCUGCUGUACAUUACCGCUGUUCUUUCGAUUGUUCGGUUCAUUGGGUUCUGCUGGUAUUUGGGCAAGACGGGUAUCAUGUGCUGCUUUGCGCGCCGCUGA